AUGCAGCUGAAUUUCAGUGGCCUUCGGGCCCUGGUGACAGGGGCAGGGAAAGGGAUUGGGCGCGACACUGUGAAGGCCCUGCAUGCCUCAGGAGCCAGAGUGGUGGCCAUAAGCCGCACCAAAGCCGACCUGUUCAGUCUCUCCAAGGAGUGCCCGGGGAUAGAGCCUGUGUGCAUGGACCUGGGUGACUGGGAGGCCACAGAGCAGAUGCUGGGCGGCGUGGGCCCCGUGGACCUGCUGGUGAACAACGCUGCCGUGGCGCUGACGCCCUUCCUGGAGGUCACCAAGGAGGCCUUUGACAGGUCCUUCGAUGUGAACCUGCGCUCUGUGUUCCAGGUGUCCCAGAUGGUGGCCCGAGGCAUGAUUGCCCGCGGAGUGCCUGGCUCCAUCGUCAAUGUCUCCAGCAUGGUGGCCCACGUCACCUUCCCCAACCUAGCUGUCUACAGCUCCACCAAGGGCGCAAUGACCAUGCUGACCAAAGCCAUGGCUUUGGAGCUGGGGCCAUACAAGAUCCGGGUGAACUCCGUGAAUCCCACGGUGGUGCUGACGGCCAUGGGCCAGCUCGUCUCGGCAGACCCCGAU